GACAACUUUGAGAAGGUCUGACAAAAAGCUACUGCUGGUCCGAAGAGCGGGCAUGUUAAAGAAAGAAGUCAGAGAAGUCAAGAAACAAGCUGCUUGUAGAGACUCACAAGAAAGUGUAGAAGGGAUUUUUUUUAAAACAAAGGUUGAAGUGAGUGUGUGACAGGUGUUGAGAUUCUCAGUCACUUUUGCAGCAGCUGAGGCAGCCACUGAAGUAACCUCUGAAGUAGUAAAAUUGAGACAGGCUUGAGUAUUUGGGACAUUUUCUCUACUCAUUCAAGCAAGUGAUCCUUUAAUAGAAGCAGCAGCAUGUCUCUGGAGGUGAAGGAGAAGACACAGGUGCGGCUAGUGUUUUUGGGGGCAGCCGGGGUGGGCAAGACAGCUCUGAUCCGCCGCUUCCUCCAGGACAGCUUUGAGCCCAAACACCGGCGCACGGUGGAAGAGCUUCACAGCAAGGAGUAUGACAUCGGCGGGGUCAAGGUCACCGUGGAGAUCCUGGACACAAGCGGCAGCUACUCCUUCCCGGCCAUGCGCAAGCUCUCCAUCCAAAACAGCGAUGCCUUUGCCUUGGUGUAUGCUGUGGACAACCCCGAAUCACUGGAGGCGGUCAAGAGCCUGAGGGAUGAGAUUCUGGAGAUCAAGGAGGACAAGUACACACCCAUUGUAGUGGUGGGGAACAAAGUAGACCGGGAAGACGAGCGUCAGGUGUCCACCGACGAUGUGCUGUCAACUGUGGAGCUGGACUGGAACAACAGUUACCUGGAAGCGUCGGCAAAAGAGAACGCCAACGUGGUGGAAGUGUUCAAGGAGCUUCUGCAGCAGGCAAACCUCCCGAGCCGCCUGAGCCCGGCGCUGCGCAGACGCAGGGAGACCUUCCCCAAAGACACCAGCUUCCGGCCGCCCAUGAACAAGACCAACAGCUGUAUCCUAUCAUAACGAGAGACAGGGGGGGAUGUGUUGCUGUGUAUCAUGAAGGGACAGGGUGGAAACAAUAAGAGUGUAUGUUGUGCAAUGUAGUGCUGCUGGACAGACCUGAAGAAAGACUUGACUUUAGUGAGUGGGUGCGAAGUGGAGAACUGUCUGAAUCAGAAAACUCAUCCUGGACCGACAGGCGCAUGUUAGUUCCCAGUCUUUCUGAUGUUGUUGCUAUAUGAGGAAAAACCUGCGUUGAGACUGAAUUUGAGCUGUCAUCAGAGUCACACAUUAAAUGGAACUAAGAACUAAGAGUGAGAAGAUGAGGAUGCAUUUACUAGUUUUGUUUACUCGAUGUGAUGUUGUUGCUGCUUACUUGGUGACAUGCUGCUGGUGUUUAGAUCAAUGUAUAGCUUUUGGAUUUCCACUUAAAUGUUCAUCCACUUUAAAGGCAUUGGGACUGUUGCAGAUAUUGUUUACUGAUUUGAAAGAGGGAUGGUGAAAUAUACCUAUAUAUAUAUUGUGAUUUGUGCAAACAUAUUAGCUUUCAUGUGAAAUGUUUUAAUUGAGACAAAUUCACUUGUAGCACAUCAUAAUGUUUACAAUUUUUGUAUACAAUUUUGCUAUCAAGCAUGGCAUCACUCUUAUGUUUGACACAAGUGGUGAAAUUCAAAUGCAUACUGCAAAUGCACUUUCCAUUUUGAAAUUACCAUGCACAUGUUUUUUGUUUUUGUUUUUGAUAUUUGAAUUUUUUUUCCUUCAUUUGUAACACUUUUGCUGUUUAUUA